AUGGGUUGCUUUUUUUCAACUUCAUUUUCAAAGAAAGUUAAAACGCCAGGUUAUGAAGAUCCAACUGUUCUUGCUUCUGAGACACCUUUUAAAGUGAGUGAAGUAGAUGCAUUAUAUGAACUGUAUUUGAAGUUAAGCAAUUCUAUUAUUCAAGAUGGUCUAAUUCACAAGGAAGAAUUUCAGCUAGCACUGUUCAUAAAUGAAAACCAAAAGAAUUUGUUUGCUGACAGGCUUUUUGACUUAUUUGAUGUAAAGCGCAACGGGGUUAUUGAGUUUGGUGAAUUCGUUAGAUCUCUUGGUGUUUUUCACCCAAACGCAGCUUUAGGAGACAAAAUUGCAUUGAUAUUUGCAGUUGCUUUUAGGCUAUAUGAUUUGAGACAAACAGGGUACAUUGAAAGAGAGGAGUUAAAGGAAAUGGUAUCGGCACUUUUGCAUGAAUCGGAUCUUUUUCUUUCAGAUGAGAUGAUAGAAUCCAUUGUGGAUAAAACUUUCAAAGAUGCUGAUACAAAAGACGAUGGAAGGAUCGAUGAAGAUGAGUGGAAAGCUUUUGUUUCUCAACAUCCGUCUUUGAUCAAGAACAUGACUCUUCCAUAUCUAAAAGAUAUUACUAUGGCAUUUCCGAGUUUUAUUGCAAGAACAGAAGUUGAAGACACAUAUGUGUGA